AAACACACAAUUUAUUUCUGUAGAUGAGACACUCAAAGAGAGCUUACUGUCCUGAUUGGGAAGAAAAAGAUUGGGAUUAUGGGAAGUGGAAGAGCACCAGUAGUGGUCAUAAAAGAAAAAGGAGAUCGCCUAGCAGUGCUGAGGAGUACAAGCGCUGCAAAUAUAAUCACUCUAAAACCUUUGAUAGCCAUUAUCUAGAAAGCAGAUCUAUAAAUGAGAAGGACUACCAUAGUCGCCGUUACAUUGAUGAGUACAGAAAUGACUACAAUCAAGGAUGUGACUAUGGAUACCACCAUAGAGACCAUGAAGGCAGAUAUCAGAACCAUAGUAGCAAAUCCUCUGGGAGAAGUGGAAGAAGUAGUUAUAAAAGCAAACACAGAAUUCACCACAGUGCUUCUUACCAUCGUUCACAUGGGAAGAGUCACCGAAGGAAAAGAUCCAGGAGUGUAGAGGAUGAUGAGGAGGGUCACCUGAUCUGUCAGAGUGGAGACGUACUAAGUGCAAGAUAUGAAAUUAUUGAUACGUUAGGUGAAGGAGCUUUCGGAAAAGUGGUGGAGUGCAUUGAUCAUAAAGCAGGCGGUAGACAUGUGGCAGUAAAAAUAGUUAAAAAUGUGGAUAGAUACUGUGAAGCUGCUCGCUCAGAAAUACAAGUUUUGGAACACUUAAAUACAACAGACCCCAGCAGUACAUUCCGCUGUGUCCAGAUGCUGGAGUGGUUUGAGCACCAUGGUCAUAUCUGCAUUGUGUUUGAAUUAUUAGGACUUAGUACCUAUGACUUCAUUAAGGAAAAUGGCUUUCUACCAUUUCGACUGGAUCAUAUCAGGAAGAUGGCAUAUCAGAUAUGCAAGUCUGUGAAUUUUUUACACAGUAACAGGUUGACUCACACAGACUUAAAGCCUGAGAACAUCUUAUUUGUACAGUCUGACUACACAGAGGCAUAUAAUCCCAAAAUGAAACGUGAUGAACGGACCUUAAUAAAUCCAGAUAUUAAAGUUGUGGACUUUGGAAGUGCAACAUAUGAUGAUGAACAUCACAGCACUUUGGUGUCUACAAGACAUUAUAGGGCACCUGAAGUUAUUUUAGCCCUAGGAUGGUCCCAACCUUGUGAUGUCUGGAGUAUAGGUUGUAUUCUUAUUGAGUACUACCUUGGCUUUACAGUAUUUCCAACACAUGAUAGUAAAGAGCAUUUAGCCAUGAUGGAAAGGAUUCUUGGGCCAUUACCAAAACAUAUGAUACAGAAAACCAGGAAACGUAAAUAUUUCCAUCAUGAUCGGCUAGACUGGGAUGAACACAGUUCUGCUGGCAGAUACGUUUCAAGGCGUUGUAAACCCCUGAAGGAGUUUAUGCUUUCUCAGGAUGCUGAACAUGAGCUGCUUUUUGACCUCAUUGAGAAAAUGUUGGAGUAUGACCCAUCUCGAAGGAUCACUCUGAAAGAAGCCUUGAAACACCCUUUCUUUCACCCUCUGAGGAAAUAACGUAGAUCUACCGUGUACAGCUCUCCUAGAGAUGACUUGUCUAGACUGUAUCAGUCCAGUUUUAACUAAGUUAUUUUGUAUAGAUUAUGUGAGUUUCUUAAAUUUUUAUAUUGUCAUGUUUAUUUAGAACCUGAUUUUAAAUGGAAUGGCUAAGGAACUGUCUUUGCUAGUAAUUACUGUAUAAGUAAGAUUAUUCAGGAUCAAGCUUGUGCUUAUGAAAUUUCUAUCAUUCGUUUUUAGUGCUAUUAUUUUUACCUCCCCUCAUUUCCAAGAAUAAAUAUUUCG